CCCGCCCCGGCCGGAGCCGCCAUGUAACCGGCGCCUCCUGGAGCCCGAGCCGCACGGGCCUAGCCAUGGGGGACGAAGACGAGGACGAGGGCUGUGCGGUGGAGCUCCGGAUCACAGAAGCCAACCUGACGGGGCAUGAGGAGAAGGUGAGCGUGGAGAACUUCGAGCUGCUCAAGGUGCUGGGCACGGGAGCCUACGGGAAGGUGUUCCUGGUGCGGAAGGCGGGCGGGCACGAUGCGGGGAAGCUGUAUGCCAUGAAGGUGCUGCGCAAGGCAGCGCUGGUGCAGCGCGCCAAGACGCAGGAGCACACGCGCACCGAGCGUUCUGUGUUGGAGUUGGUCCGCCAGGCACCCUUCCUGGUCACGCUGCACUACGCCUUCCAGACCGACGCCAAGCUGCACCUCAUCCUGGACUAUGUGAGCGGCGGGGAAAUGUUCACCCACCUCUACCAACGCCAGCACUUCAAGGAGAGCGAGGUGCGCGUGUACGGGGGAGAGAUCACGUUGGCCCUGGAGCACCUGCACAAGCUGGGCAUCAUUUACCGAGACCUGAAGCUGGAAAACGUGCUGCUGGACUCCGAGGGCCACAUCGUCCUCACGGACUUUGGGUUGAGCAAGGAGUUCCUGACGGAGGAGAAAGACCGGACGUUUUCCUUCUGUGGCACCAUUGAAUACAUGGCCCCUGAAAUCAUCCGCAGCAAGUCUGGGCAUGGCAAGGCUGUGGACUGGUGGAGCCUGGGCAUCCUGCUCUUCGAGCUGCUGACCGGGGCCUCGCCCUUCACGCUGGAAGGAGAGAGGAACACACAGGCUGAGGUGUCCCGACGGAUCCUGAAGUGCUCCCCUCCCUUCCCCCCUCGGAUCGGGCCUGUGGCUCAGGACCUACUGCGGCGGCUGCUUUGUAAGGACCCCAAGAAGCGACUGGGCGCCGGCCCCCAGGGGGCACAAGAAGUCAAGAACCAUCCCUUCUUCCAGGGCCUGGAUUGGGCUGCUCUGGCGGCGAGGAAGAUUGCAGCCCCAUUCCGACCCCAGAUCCGUUCUGAGCUGGAUGUGGGUAACUUUGCUGAGGAGUUUACCCGUCUGGAGCCUGUUUACUCACCCUCUGGCAGCCCCCCACCUGGGGACCCUCGCAUCUUCCAGGGAUACUCCUUUGUGGCGCCGUCCAUCUUGUUUGACCACAACAACGCCGUGAUGACUGAUGUGCUAGAGGCACCUGGUGCUGGAGACCGGCCAGGCCGGGCAGCCGUGGCCAGGAGCGCCAUGAUGCAGGACUCGCCCUUCUUCCAGCAGUACGAGCUGGACUUACGGGAGCCCGCUUUGGGCCAGGGCAGCUUCUCUGUGUGUCGUUGCUGCCGCCAACGCCAGAGCGGCCAGGAGUUCGCCGUCAAGAUCCUCAGCCGCAGGUUGGAGGCCAACACACAGCGCGAAGUGACCGCUCUGCGACUGUGCCAGUCGCACCCCAAUGUGGUGAAGCUGCACGAGGUGCAUCAGGACCAGUUGCACACAUACCUGGUCCUGGAGCUGCUACGGGGCGGGGAGCUGCUUGAGCAUAUCCGGAAGAAGCGACAUUUCAGCGAGUCUGAGGCGAGUCAGAUCCUGCGCAGCCUCGUGUCCGCCGUGAGCUUCAUGCACGAGGAGGCGGGCGUGGUGCACCGUGAUCUCAAGCCGGAGAACAUCCUGUACGCCGAUGAGACGCAGGGGGCGCCGGUAAAGAUCAUUGACUUCGGCUUCGCGCGGCUUCGGCCGCAGAGUCCUACCAGGCCCAUGCAGACGCCCUGCUUCACGCUGCAGUAUGCUGCCCCCGAGCUGCUGGCGCAGCAGGGUUAUGAUGAGUCCUGCGACCUCUGGAGCCUCGGUGUCAUUCUGUAUAUGAUGCUGUCGGGGCAGGUCCCCUUCCAGGGGGCCUCCGGCCAGGGCGGGCAGAGCCAGGCGGCUGAAAUCAUGUGCAAGAUCCGUGAGGGCCGCUUCUCCCUGGAUGGGGAGGCCUGGCAGGGAGUUUCUGAAGAAGCCAAGGAGCUGGUCCGAGGACUUCUAACUGUGGACCCUGCCAAGCGGUUGAAGCUCGAGGGGCUGCGGGCCAGCUCGUGGCUGCAGGAUGGUAGCGCGCGCUCCUCACCCCCACUCCGGACACCAGACGUGCUGGAGUCCUCUGGGCCAGCCGUGCGUUCGGGCCUGAACGCCACCUUCAUGGCGUUCAACCGUGGCAAGCGUGAGGGUUUCUUCCUGAAAAGCGUGGAGAACGCGCCCCUGGCCAAGCGGCGCAAGCAAAAGCUGAGGAGCGCGGCUGCCUCCCGCCGCGGCUCCCCGGCGCCUGCCGCCUCUGGACGGGCCCCUGCCAGCAAGGGGCCACCCCGCCGCGCCAACGGCCCCCUGCCCCCCUCCUAGCCGUCUCCACUGUGACCCCCUUCCCCUACAGGGUCUGUGACCAGGGAGCCCGGCUCACUGCCCUCCAGGUGUAGGCCAACGGUUCUGCCCUGACCCCCAGCGUUUACCCUAUUCCCCUAACCCCUUACUCCCCAAAAGACAGAGCAGAAGUAUUUUUAUAAGCAGAGAAUUUUUUAUGUCUUACCAGGUAAAGUUAGAGAUGCAGGGAGGGAGGGGUCCUGUUGAGGAGUGGGGCGUGGGGAGCCCUCUCCCAAGCGCCUACCAGCGAGGGGAGGUGCUUUAUCAAGGCAGGGUGCCACCCUCAUUUCUACAGAGCUGCCACAGGGAGAAACUGGGACCCCUCUCCCCUCGCCCCUGAGGUCCUGCGCCUGGGGGGUGGGUUCCCCUCAAUCUGUCACUUUAUGGACUGUGUGCAAUUCCGUCCACCAAAGACCUGUGUUGGGGGAUUGAGAGAGAGGUCCUGGGGGGCCCGGAAGCACUUACACUUCACUUGGGAUCAACUGCCUCUCCCCUGUUAGGGCUAAGGAAGGAGGCAGGUGACCCCCUAAAAGGGAGGCCCCCUUCUCACCCAACCCUUCCCUUUGGCACAGCUGCCCCUGGCUGGGGAUGCUGAGCCUUGGGGAUCUGGACUGGGCAUUCAUGGUCACUAGCCUCAGCCCAUCCAGGCUGUGCCUUUGACUUUAAAAUAAAAGUCUACCCAGU